AUGGCGCGCGGCUUGAUCGGGCCCUGCGGCGCGGUGCGCGUGGCCUCGGCGGGCGAACAGGUCGCCGUGGAGGCGGCGGCGACACCAAUAACACUCUCGAGCGCCGCGGCGCGGGACAACGGCCGCUGGCCGAGGUCGGCCGGGCCGCUGCCGCCGCGGCUCGUCGGUCCCGUCGACGCGCUCACCGUCUACUCGCCGCUCCUCGAGCUCGCGCCGUCGAGCCUGUUCCACGGCCUGCGGUCCGCCGUGCACGGGCCGCGCGCCAACGCGUCGCGCGUGCUGCUGCUCCUGCAGGACAACCCGAACAAGCGGCCGUGGGCCGACGAGGAGCUCCGCGGCGAGCGGAUCCAGGUCGACGCGGGCUUCGCGCGGCAGAUCGGCAUCGGCAACGCGCUCGACGCCUACUCGAGCGCGUUCCUGGAGGCCGCCGCCCUGGACCGGCGCCUCAUCGUCCAGGGCCGCAUCUACGAGCGGCUCUGCGCGCUCGUGACCUGCGGCCUCGCCGCGGCCGCGCCGCCGGGGCCGGCGGACGACGUCGAGGACCGGAACAACUGCUGCUUCAAGUGGCACGGCGGCCGCCGCGUCGAGGACGACCUGCGGCCGGCGCUGGCGCGCGUCCUCGCGGCCCUGGGCUGCGCGAUCGACGGCGCCUCGAGGAGGAGCCGCGACGACGCCGCGGGCGAGGCGCUCACGUGCGCGCGGUCCCGCGUCCCGCGACGCGCGGCGACCGGGGACGCCGGCGCGCCGCAGGCGCGAUCGCGCGUCCUCCGGGACCUGCUGCCCCUCGACGGCCGCGGCGCCGUCCUCGACGCGGGCGCGGCGGCCCUCCGCGGCCGCUACGACGGCGACGGCGCGCGGUUCGCGCGCGCGCUCCUCGAGCCGCCGCGCGCGCCGCUCUUCGACGCGGCCGUGCACCUCCGGACCAUCGCGUGCCCGGCGGCGUCCCGCGGCCGCGGCGCCGUCCGCGCGCGCGCGCGCGACCGGGGAGGCGGCGCGCCCGCCAGGUUCCUGGAGAAGCGCGGCAAGGCGCUCCGCGACGGCGACGGCGACUACCAGGCGGCCCGGUGGGCGUCGACGCGGGAGGCGGGCGGCGUCGUCGCGUGCCUCGUGCGCCAGCUCCGCGCGCUCGCCGUCGGCUGCGACCGCGCGGCGGCGGUCUUCGUCUCCGCGGACAACGAGCGCGCGAAGCGCGCGCUCGUCGCGGGGCUGCGCGCGGCCUUCGAGCGCGAGCCGACGCCGCACGAGGUCCGCGUCGAGGCGUUCGUCGACCUCCCGCCGGUCAUGUACCGCCACUGGAUCGCGCGCGGCCCGCGGCUCCCCGAGGACUUCUGGUGGCGGCUCCUCGGCGCGACCGCGGACUGGAUCUUCAUGGCGCGCGCGGCGCGCGUCUACAACAUCAAGGGCACCGGCGCGCGCUCGGACCAGACGCCGUCCUCGUUCUCGCGGACCGCGGGCCUCCGCGGCAACGCCUCGCUCUUCUCCCUCUUCCGCGAGGCCGCGGGCGACGGCGCGCUGCCGACGGCCUGCCACGGCCCGGAGGAGACGACGCCGGACGUCUUCGACUGGCUCAAGGCGCGGCGCGACUUCUUCGAGCCGGCGUGGCCGUGGCUGACGGCGCGCCGCGAGUGGAGCGAGGUCGUCAAGGCCGGCCGCCGCGCGGAGCAGGCGCGCCUCGCGCGCGGGAAGGAGAUCAUCGAGCGCGAGAUCGAAAAGUUAUCGUCGGCCGACCGGGCGGCGCGGCGGUUCGUCGAGGACGAGUGGGCGCGCGAGGCCGCGGCGCGCGAGUCGGCGCGGCAGUUCGUCGAGGACGAGUGGCAGCGCGAGGCGCGCCUGCGCGCGGGCGCGCAGCUCUUCCUCGAGGACGAGCGGCGGCGCGCGCGCGAGUCGGCCGCCCGGUUCCUCGAGGACGAGUGGCGGCGGGAGAACGGCCUGCGGGAGGGCGCGCAGCUCUUCCUCAACGACGAGUGGGACCGCGAGGAGGCGGCGCGCCUCGAGGCGCGCGCCUUCGUCGCGGACGAGUUCGAGCGCCUCGCCGACGCGGACGAGGCGCUCGCGGCGCGGAUCCGCGGCGCGCCCGAGAUCACGGUCUGCGCGGCGCCCGUCGCCUGCGGCCGGGCGGACGGGCGGCGCGUCUACGAGCGGCUCAGGGACCUGAGCGCGCGGGAGGUCGACUACGGGCGGCCGCCGCCGCUCGUGCGGUGCGCGACCAAGUGCUCGUCGAACUGCAAGGCCGGCCGCGUCGCCGUCACGCUCGGCCUCCCGCGCAACGAGGUGCUCCACUGCACGCCCGCGGGGCCCGGCUGCGAGGACGCGCUCGGCUACUGCGACCCGGACGAGUACGAGGCGCUCAUCGACGCGAACGUCGACGAGCAGCUCGGCGAGAUCCUCGAGCGGACGCGGCGGCGACCGCCCCUGUUCCGCGUCAAGCCCAAGCCGGGGCCGCGGCGCCCCGCACCCGCAAUCUCGACCAUGCACGUCAUCAUCCGCGCGACCGUACUUUCCUGCGCCUUCACCUUCGCCACGGCGGCGGGGGGCGUCAAGCUGGACAAGAAGCCGACCGCGGAGCCCGCGGCAAGCAAGGCCGGCCUGGUCGAGGAAUCGGCAUUGGUCAAGGAGCUGCCGCCGAUGGUCUCGUCGGUUGUUCACGCUUUCGUCGCGACCGAGCUGUCCAAGCUCGAGCGCGAGUCCUCCAAGCUCGACGGCAUCGUCGCGGGCAAGCACUCCAAGCUCGACGGCAUCGUCGCGGGCGAGCACUCCAAGCCCGACGGCAUCGUCGCGGGCAAGCACUCCAAGCUCGACGGCAACGUCGCCGAGCGGUCCGCGUUCGACGGCAACGUCGUCGCCGAGCGGUCCAAGCUCGACGGCAUCGUCGCGGGCGAGCACUCCAAGCCCGACGGCAAGCACGUCGCGGGCGAGCACUCCAACCGCACGUCGGCCCUGUUUUUCGCGCACAUUCCGAAAACGGCGGGCACGUCCGCGACGCGGUGGCUCCAAGACGCUGCUCGUCGAGCCUCGAUGAUGUUUGGGCACGGCGAGGUCUGUCUUCGGCCGUUUCGGUCCGUCGACGCUCUCGCCGAGACGCGGCGAACGUGGUCGUCCGCGCGCCUCGCGCCGACCCUCGAGGGCCUCCUUCGCCCCCGGCGCGGCAUCGAGUCGCUCCUCGCGGCGACGAUGGUCCGGUCGCCGCGGUCCCACGUCGUGUCCAUGUACAUGGAAUGCUGCUGCUCGGACUGGGGCCGCAGGGGCGACUACCACUGCUACAACCCGCACAACAUGCUCGCCCGCGCGCUGACCUGCGACGAUCCGAGGCUCGCGACGGAUUCGCGCUGCGCUUCGUGCUGCGCCGACGCCGGCGACCGGCGCGCGACGUGCUCGCAUCACGCCGCCGAUCGCGACGCGCUCAUCCCCGACGCGACGGCCGCGGUCCGCGCGGUCCGGUUCGAUCUGGGCUUCAUUGGCGUCACCGAGCUCUUCACCGAGAGCCUCUGUCUUCUCGGAUUCCUGCUCGACGGCGCGCUCCCGGGGAAAAGCUGCGUCGACGGCGGCGACUCCCCGAUCGUCCCGCCCGACGACCGCGGCUUCGAGUUGCACCACGAGGCUCACGGCGUCCCGCCGCACGACGUCCGGGCCGUGCCCCGCGCCACCCUCGACGUCGUCGACGCCUACACGGCGGUCGACCGCGAGGUAUACCGCGCCGCGUUCACGCGUCUCGUCGCGGACCUGCGGGCCCUUGAGCGCCGCGCCGGCGUGCGUGUCUUGUCGCCGGAGCGCCUCGCCGACGCCAAGGCCGCCGUCGGCUACGUUUGGGCCGUGGACGGGUUUGAGCAGGGUAAUCUUCGAUUAGCCAGGAAAGUAGCGCCCAGAGGAGAGGGAGAAUGA